AUAAGCAUGGCACUGCUGGCAGCAUUUGGCAAGGACACAGAUGGUGCAACAUGGACAGUGAACUUCCUCCUCAGAAAAGUAGAGUCAAAUCUGUGCUCCUUCAGUUCUGAGCCAGGGCUCAUAAAGGAUACAGUGAGGCUGUUCAUCGCACUUGUUGACAUGAGAGAAAAAGGGAGUGUCGUUUUGAAGAGCGAGGGAUUCUGGAACAUUGUACAGUUACAGUCUAAAACAGAGAGGGGGGCAUUCCCUGGGGCAGCUAAACGGGGACUGUUCAAGGCUCUAGUUCUGGCAGGAGCAGCUGUAGAUGAUGUUCAGAGAAGAGGAGAGUACUGGAUACAGGUUUUAAAACCACUGCAAGACAGGUUCAAAAAUAUAAUUUGUCAAGAAAAUUUUAACAGAAUAUUUCAUGAAGAAAACAUUAAAGCAGAGAUUAUUGACAUUCUGGAAUCAUUUAUAGGAGUAGCACAGGGGUCACAGGUUGUGACAGUUCAGUCGCUUUUCCAUUUCCUCUACCCGAUGCUGUCUGAGUUCACAACGCUGGUGGGCGUGUACCACAACUACCAACAGGUGGUAGAGCUGAUCUUGGAGCUGUACUGCGAGUGUGCACGCAGCAUGCUUUGCUAUCUCUCACAGGAGGAAAAGCAACUUGGCCUCAAGCUGUGCCUACGUCUCAUACAGACACUUUCUACACAUGUUGGUGACAGUCGGCGAAUAUACGAAGCGUGUCUCCAGACUAUACAGACAUAUGCUCGCUGCAACACAGGGAGGCUGAGUCUUGAGUCUGCUGCUGAAGAGGAAACAUUUCGUGACAUUCUUCUUUUGAUGGAGCUGCUAACAAAUUUGCUGUCAAAAGACUUCAUAGACCUUAGCCCCCCAGAUGGCUCCUCUGAGGGAGAACAGACGGUGACAGCAGGGGACGUCUGUCUAUAUGGACUCAACAUCAUAAUGCCACUCAUGACGGUGGACCUGCUCAAGUUCCCAUCCUUGUGCACGCAGUAUUUCAAGAUGAUUACAUUUGUGUGUGAGAUAUACCCUGACAAGGUUUGCCAACUGCCCAUGGGUCUGUUAAAGAACCUGCUGAGCUCCAUUGAGCUUGGCCUCACCACAUAUGGACAAGAUGUCAUUGUCCUAUGCUCUGAUUUCAUCCAGGUGCUAGGGACUCACAUUUACCGCAGCAACCUGCAGGGUUCCCCAGUGUAUGAGACCCUUAGGCCACUCCUCAAGCUACUCAUGAACCUGAUCCUGACUCAUCAGAUCAACUCUGACCUUCUGCCAAACACCAGUUCAGCACUGUAUGUGUUGAUAUGCUGUUACCAGGAUGAUUACCAGCAUUUAGUUCAGGGACUACUCGACUCUCAUCAGGAUCAGUUAGUGGCUGAGAGACUUGCCAAAGCCUUCACUGAGCUUACAUCAAACAUCACACUCAAUAUUGAGCGACAGAACAGGAUUAAAUUCCGUGACAGCUUUGACAAGUUCAUCGUUAAUGUCCAUGGCUUUCUGCUUAUCAAGUAGUUACAUCUGAAGUGUAGUGUCAGGCUAUUUUUGUAUAUUUUAUACUUAAGUUAUUUUUUAAAGACUGUAUUCAUAAGGCAGGUCUUUGCUGAUUACAUUUCUGCUACAUAAUAUUUUCAUCAUUUGUCAUGUUCAUUUAAAUGUUGUUAACUCUUUGUGAUGUUCUGAAAGUUUACAAAAUAUUUAAUAAUAUAUAAUUUAUAAUUUUUGUUUGUUUUAUUACAUAUUGUGAUUUAAGGUAAGUUUGCCGGUUGUCCUUUGUUGAUUCUGACUCUUUGUGCCCCACAGUAAAGUAAUUACCUCAGUUACAUAUGCCAUAUACUACUUGAAUAAAAACGUUGAAUACAAUAUUGAUCAAACGAGAAUUUGGUAAGAAAAAAAUAGCAUAUGCCCUCAUAUGUAAUGACUUCUUGGAGGUGAUACUGUGCGAUCUGGCAUAUGUUUAUCAAUGUUUUGGAGGAACAUACUGCCUCCAUCUUCAGGACAGGAAAGUAAGUUUUCCAAGCAUUACUGUGCUCACUGCUUGCCUGCUUAGCUUGCCCUUCUACCCUUAAUAUGGGGGCCAUAUCAUCAAUAAACUUCUGUCAGACUGAAGGGUGUUAUGUCCCAGAAAACAGUACUCUUCCUAGUCACAGCCAUGAGACCCUCAAAUCUCACACAAGAGGGAUGAGUAGAAGUAUAGACGUGAAGGCCUGUGAUUCCAUGUGAUGUCUAUACACUUCCAGAGUGUGUCAGGUAAUUCAAAUUGUGGGUGAGCAGAAGCAUCUGUCAAGGUGUGUUGCCACUAAUUUGGAAGCUAAUGUACUCUGAUAUCUGGGAAAAUUAAAGGUUUGCAAUGAGACUUCAGCAUCAAAAUUAUGCUAUUUCUGGUUACCGUACCAACAGGUUUUCCAGUGUUUAUCUUGGUUGUGUAGAAGAACUGUAUAUAGUAGGUCACAAAUGAGUGACACAGUCGUUUGUUUUAAUGUAUCAUUUCUAUGAGUUUAUAAUAUUUUAAUGUGAAUAUGUGAAAUAUAGUAUUUAUCAUGGAAUGUGAAUUUGUCUAUAA